UGUACAGUAAUCAGCGAGCUACAGAGGGCGCGGCUCAACUCGUCCACACGCGGGUUCCAUUAGAGACUGUUGCGACAAUACGCAUCAAUAUGUCGGGUUUCUUUAAAACUGGAUCCUCCUCCGAGAGUGAUCGUUCAUCUGGAGAUGAAGACGAUAUACCACAGCCAGUAGCAACAAAUAAGUCUACUACUGCACGAUUCAUAUAUAGUGACGAUGAAGAAGAUACCAAGAGAAUCGUCCGACCUGCUAAAGACAAAAAGUUUGAAGAGAUUAAUGAUGUUAUACGUCAGAUUAAGAAUCACAAGAAGAUUAAGGAUAUAUCUAAAGUUCUUGGAGGGUUUGAGGAUCUACUUAAAUGUUUUCAGAAGAACAGAGCUGUAUUGAGUGGUGAUGAGAAAAAGCUACCUCGAUUUUACAUAAGGUCGCUUGUAGAAUUGGAAGAUUUCGUCAAUGAAUGUUGGGAGGAUAAACGCAAGUUCAACAAGGUGAAUGGAAAGUCACUUGCAACUCUACGUCACAAGCUCAAGAAGCAUAACAGGGACAUUGAUGAUGAAAUCAAAGCCUAUAGGGAGAAUCCUGAUGUCUCAGAUGAAGAAAAAGUGGCAGAUGACGACGAUGACGAUGAUUCAUCAACUUAUGAGGAAGAUGGAAUUGAGAAAAAAGUUGAUAUGAAGAAGGCACAAGCUUCACAGGAUUUCGAUAGUGAUGACUUUGAUUCAGAUUUCCAAGAUUCUGAUACUUCCUCAAGUUCUAGUGAUGAAGGAGAAGGAAGAACAUUUACUGCUGCUUAUUUUUUGAAAACGGAGAAAACUUCAGUGGAUAAGGAUAAGCAGAGAGAGAAGGAAGAAAGACGACAACAGCGAGAAUUAGAAAAGAAGAAACAAAGAGAAGAGGAAGAAGCUGAAGCUGGCGAAUGGACGAAGGUUGACAAGGGCAUUCCAGUGCAUUCUGAAAAACCAAAGAUGUUUGCUAAAGAUGCUGAGAUCACACAUGCACUUGUGUUGAAAAAGUUAAACGAGAUUACUGCAGCACGUGGCAAGAAAGGCACAGAUCGCAAAGAUCAAAUUUCGAUGCUACGAGAAUUGAGAAAAAUUGCAGACGAGAACAAACUGGGAGUUGGUAUGGACUUGAAGAUUUUGAUGAACAUAGGUUCAUCAAUAUUUGACUACAAUCCCAAUGUAGCCAGUUGUAUGAAAGACAACAUGUGGGAACAAUGUUUGGAAUUCAUUAAUGAGAUGCUGGAUAUAGCUGCAAAUAACAUGGAUAUGGAGUUUUCCCAGGGUGCUUUGGAUCAAGAACAGGUGGAGACUGCCCCCUAUUUCGUUGUUGGUUGUCCAUUGACUGUCAUUGAACGACUGGACAAGGAGUAUGUCAAAAUACUGCAGAAUACUGAUGCACAUUCAACAGAAUAUGUUGUAAGACUCCAGGACGAGGAGACACUUUGCGGCAUUAUUGACCGUCUACAGAAAUACAUGGAAGUGAAGGGAACACCAGCUGAAAUAUGCAGAAAUUACUUGUUACAGAUUGAGCAUAUGUACUACAAGUAUGACUACAAAAAUAUGAAAGGAUCGAAAGAAGACACAACGAAAAAAGAGGAAAAAGAGCAGGCUGAUAAUGGGGAAAAGAAAGAUGAUGAGAAGGAGGAUGAGGAGAAGGAUGAAAAAGAGGAGGAAGAAAAGAAUGAAAAAGUUGAUGAAGAAAAACCAGAAACACAGAAAGAGAGUGUUGCAGAUUUUAUGGAUCGUAUGUGCAAGUACAUUUACACUAAGGACUCCACAAAUCGCAUCCGUACGCGUGCAAUGUUGUGUCACAUCUACCAUCACGCCAUGCAUGACCGUUGGUACAAAGCACGUGAUCUGAUGUUGAUGUCACAUUUACAAGACAACAUUACCCAUUCGGAUAUCCCUACUCAGAUUCUCUACAAUAGAACUCUAGUUCAGCUUGGUCUGUGCGCCUUCCGUCACGGUAAUGUGAAAGAUGCCCACAAUGCACUGCUGGACAUUCAGAGUGGAGGGCGAGCAAAGGAGCUCUUAGCUCAGGGGUUGCUGAUGCAGAAGCAACUGGAGCGUAGUCCAGAGCAAGAGAAAAUUGAGAAGCGUCGUCAGAUGCCGUUCCACAUGCAUAUCAACUUAGAGUUACUAGAGUGUACUUACCUGGUGUCAGCUAUGCUUAUUGAAAUUCCUUACAUGGCUUCUCAUCAAUUUGAUAUUCGCCGAAGAAUGAUUAGUAAAAGUUUCCACCACCAGCUCCGAUUGAGCGAGCGACAACCACUCGUUGGUCCACCGGAGAGUAUGCGUGAGCAUGUGAUGGCCGCUUCGCGAGCAAUGCGGCUUGGAGACUGGAAGGCCUGCCGCGAUUUCUUGAUUAAUAAAAAGAUGAUGACUAAGGUUUGGAGCCUGUUCCACAACAGAGAUGGAGUACUGGAGCUUCUUACAAGGAAAAUCCAGGAGGAGAGUUUGAGAACAUACUUAUUCACAUAUGGAAGUGUCUAUGAUUCCAUCAGCAUGGUGACACUCUCUGAGCGAUUUGAAAUCGAUAAAGCUGUUGUGCACAGCAUUAUCAGUAAGAUGAUCAUCGGCGAGGAAUUGAGCGCUUCAUGGGACGAACCUGCUGCAACGAUUGUGAUGCACAGAUGCGAACCAACUCGCAUACAAACGUUAGCACUGCAGCUUGCUGAGAAAGCCAACAACCUGGUCGACAACAACGAGCGUCUGAUGGAACAUGGUGGCGUUGAUGGACGAAGCCGGGGUAACGAUGAUCGUGAUGGCCGACAGCAAGGUCGUGGAAAACAAUAUGGGAAUAAGAAUUAUCCAAACCGCAAUUACCAAGGAGGAAACCGUACAUACGGCAACAGAUCCUCUAACUAUCAAGGUCGGCGACGUAAUCAACGCUAUUGAGAAUAUGCGGCUAUAUAUGAUGGCGUCCUCACCAGAGUCUGUUGAACUAACUUAUGGCUACCCAUGAACUGCAAAUUCAUCUGGAAAAUCCUGAAUUAUAUUAUUACUUUAAGUCAUGACAAAUAACUGAAAUUAUUCAGCAUCACAAAUUUACUUCUCCUGAACUACCUAAGAUAAUUAUAAUUUCAAACUAGCUACCACACAGGUCUAAGCAAAUUUGGUACCAAGAUGUAGACUGCCUUUUUUUUAUAAUUAAGAAUCGAUUUCUCAUGGAAUAUUCUUCAUUAUUUUUUAUAUGUCAAGACAAGAUGGCACAGUACAAUACAAUAUCUUCGUAAAUAGAUUUGUAAAAAUAAAUUAAUUGGAGCAAUUAAAGAUUUUUUUUUCCAUUUUCAAAAUGUGGGUAUGUGUGCUAUAUAAAUCAUAUUUAUUAUUAUGGCUCAUUAUCCACACAAUACAGUUUGGUUAGUAAAAUGGCAAUCAAUGAUUGGUUAAGGUAUGACAUUUUUCAAUAAAAGCUCGUUUUUUUUAGUCGGGCUUGGACAACACAAACUAUUACACAGAGGUAAUCUUUUGUAUGAAUUUGUUUUCAUUUAUUAUUUUAGAAAAAUAUCAUUACAACAUAAUAUUACAUAAGUGAUUGUCAAGGCUUGAAUCGGUAAUAAACAAUAUAAAAAUAAAAA